AUGAGCUAUAACCCGGCGAAUCUAAUUCAAACCACUACACUUCCAAGCAACACACCGCACCUUCAGUUCGCUCCAACAAGGUAUAUAGUACCACCGACUGGUCAGUAUGUACCGACAAACUUGGUGCAAGCAAUAGGAAAUGGGCAAAGAAUCCCUCUGCCAAAUGGUGUCCUGCCACAAAGGCUUUCGAAUCCUCACACUCAGUUUGCAAGUCAAAGGGUGCAACUCUGGAAUGCAUUUAUGAAAGUAAUAAGUUGGGCCGAGCAAUUGUCAGAGCAGGUAUAUGAGGAUAAAAGAGAACGGUGGAAGAGGGGGAAGAGGAGUGGUAAAAAUAUUCCGAAUAAUGCAAAUAAAAGUGAAAUAGACUACUGGACAACUCCUAUUAAAAAUUUCUUUGCCGAAGAUACAAGAUUACGAUAUAUUUUUUUAAAUUCACAUACACAGAAACAUGACACAUAUGAUUUAAAAUACCAUAAUUUAGCACAUUUCUUUCGUAGAUUCUAUAUAUCGGACGUAAUAAACGUGCGAUUAGUACCUGGAUAUCCAGAUGAGAGAUCGUUUUUUCAAGAUAUGACAUUACGAUUUCAAAAAGCAACAUUUACAUACCAUUAUAAAGAUGGAUCACAAGUUGUUCAUAGCGGUACAUUAGCCGUAAAAUUCAAUAAUUUUGUGAGAAUGUCUUCAUUUGAGUUUAAGACAGACAAAUGUAUAGAAUAUUUACCGCGGGAUCCAAAGACACGAGAAGUUAAAGAUUGUAGAAAAGAAAGUGGACAGAGUAUAGAACCGUACGGGAUACCAAAACUAGUUACGGAAUAUUUAGAGGUAUAUAGCAUUACAUUAUUACUCGCACAAAAGUAUGGAGGGAUUGGUCCAUCGGAGCCAUUAAAAUCAUGGCGAACCACAAACAACAGGCCAGCAAUGUCACCAAUGUUGCAAAGCCCAUCACCACCGAAUAUAAAAGAUGGCGACAUUAAGAACGAACACAUAUCUAUGGGAAUAACAGGUAAUGAUGUACAAGCCCCAACACCACAACCAACACCCUCUCCAUCGGGAACAAAUGCUGGACAGAUUUCAAUGAAUAAAUCAGUAAAGUCACCUGCAGCACCAGAAAAACGUCACAACGACGGAAGUGGAACUCCGACGAUUCAAAAGAAACGCCGUACUACAAGUGCCAAUGGGCCAAAGUCUUCACCGAGAAAGCAAUAA